AGUUAUGACCAUUUUAUCACUUGCCCUGAUCUUUGGCCUGUACAUAAUGUCUGAUACAUAAUGUCGACGGAACAAACUGCAAGAUUAAAUUACUUAUAGUUGUUCUUGAGAGUUUGUCGUGUUAACAUGAGAAUCCUGUUAAUUUGCUUUUUCAUUAAUGGAGUCUUCGGUCAAUCCAAAUUUGGUUCAUCGUAUUUGAAGAACUCCAAAUUGUGCCAACCAUGGUCGUGCAUAAACUCGCUCCUGGGCUUCGAUGACGCAUUACCCCCACAAUCCUCAUACACAGCGGCGAUCCAGUCGCAUGUACCGUCAGCAUGGCACGGAGCCGUGGAAACUGCCGUGACCGUGUGCUUCUCUGCCGACCGUCCCCGGGUCUACACCGGGACGUGUCCCGGGCAGGAGUUGCUGCACUGUGUUGUUGACAAUCUCAUCAGUCACUGCCCUGAACAAGGUCUGAGAAAGAAUGAUGCCUGCGCCCCACUGUCUUCUUUGGCUGGCUUCAAAUAUAUGUUUUCACAAAGUCGGUACGAAGAACUUGAAAGAUGGCUGCCGUUGGAGAAACGUCCUGUAUGGUUCUUGAAGAAUUACUUCAGCACGAAAUGCUGCGACGUUCCUCCCCUGUUCGACUCUACAGUCCUGAAGAGGUGCGGGUUCAACAAAGUCAUACACUACUACUCACACGAACCGAAAACCAAUGAACCAGAGUUCAUUCCAUACACACCAAAAACUCCUGAAGUUAAAGUUAAAGAAAACAGAGAACCUACUGUUAUUACUAUCUUCUUCCAGGACCCUUUAGACUGCUGCGAUAUGUUGGAGUUUAUAAAACCUGCAAUCAGACACAAGUGUUCGUUCAAAACGACAUGGAGUAAGGAGAAGAGACUCAGACUAGAAGAUAUUGGACAGGUGGUGUCCACUACUACAGAAACACCCAAGAUCAAGUACCAUGAUGUCAAAGUGGUUCCACUUUCUUGCGAAAAAGAAUCCUGCGUGUUCCAACAACUAGAAGUACUGGCAUCCAACGGCAGUUUCAACUCAGAAGCUUUCGUGAAGUUACUGGACAAUUUCACCAACAACUACCCUGAAUGGAGUAAAGCCAAGGCACGAGUGUUCACCAAGUGUUUGUCGAAGCCUCUAGACGGAUAUGAGUACGAUUGUCUGAUUAAUCGAGUCUUGGCGUGCACGUUUGAUGUUUUGAGUGAGAAUUGUCCUCAUAACAAGGAACAGGCGAAUCCAUGCAAGCACGCUCAUUCUAUCAAGAACGAUACAAUUUGUCAAAUCAGUUCUUCUAAACUAUCUAACCGCCGCCGUUUCUGCGACUUCCCUCCGCUAGUGCCUCACACCGCGCUAGCUAGUUGCGCCGCGCCCUCUGUGCAUAGAGUGGAGAUUGUACCUUACGUGCAACACAAGAAGGUGCACUUUAGUGGGCCGUCUUUUUGCAAAGACACGACCCCAUCAACCCACUGUCUCCUAACCGAGCUCGGCGUUCUAAACCGGUACCAAUUCCUCGACUACUUCAAGAUGAAGCAUCUCAUUACUCAGUUCACGGCGGUACCGCAGUGGAGCGCGUUCAAUGCGUGGUAUGUGGGCAGUCUGAUGGGAGCGCCGAUGUAUAGCGAGCAUUGUGCGUCGCAGAGGAAGCUGCUCAAUGUUGUCGAUUCGGUUUUGGUGACUUGUCCCAUGCAGCGGAGAGUUAAUUCGGAGCAAUGCAACAAGUUGUUUUCUGAAAUAACGACGGAACCAAUGAAUCCAGAAAGUAUAUUCCACCCUACAAACUUAGGGUCACCAUACAAGAACCAAAUAACAUCGGACAUAAAAGACAGUGAAAUUGGACACGGUAAGGGAGGACAAAAACGAGAGAUUUAUCCUAAAAAAGAUGGCUUGAUAUUUGACCAUCCCUUGUUCAGAGAAAGAAAUGUGCCACCAACAAAAAUAAUUCCUAUUAAACCAACAACUACAUAUGUACCUCUGGUAUUAACUCCAGUUUAUAUGAGAAGUACUACUAAUGCACCUCUACCAAUAUCGUUUUAUAAUCCAAUGUUGAGAUCAGAUGGUAAAUACAGGGAUGAUAAGGACCCGUUUUUCUUGCACAAUAAAAUCGCCAACGCUCAUAAUAAUGACAACGAUCAGUAUAUCAAAGAUAUUGUGCUGCCUUAAGUUAGUGUUGCCAUGUGAAUAU